UCUGACGUCAGCAGGUAACCUCCGGUCGGCCAGGUAAAGGUAGGCGGUCAGCGUGUCUGUAAUUUACUCGACUGACGGACCUAAUGAGGCAUGGAGACGGGUGGUGCGUUCGCGGCCCUGCUGAUGCUGUGGGUCACCGCGGUGUCCACUCAGUCAGUGGCUGAGCCCACCAAUGUGACGGUGACGUGUGACGACACGCGGGUGAGCGUGACCUGGGACUACGAUCAAGACGAGACGUCAUUCCUGCUGGAGGUGGGACACUGGGGCAGCAGCAAGCGUUACCUGGAGCACAAGACCAAGGCGCACAGGUACGACAACCUGAGCGCCCUGGUGUGGGACUCGCUGGACAGCGCCAUGGGCGUCCACUACGUCACGCUGACUGCGGCGCGAGGGGUGCACCGUUCCCCCGGCGAGUCUAAAACCUUUAGUUUCAACAACAUGAAGCAUGUGCACGUGAUUUGCAAGCUGAACUUUCCUCAAGUGGACGUGAGGACGCACGACUCAAGAAUCCUGGUGAGUUUCCGGAAUCCGCUUCGCCACCACCUGCAACUGCGGCGGCUCAACUGGAGGGACAGCCUACUCUUGGACUUCAUCGUGACUUCAGUCGGCGUGAGGAAACCCUCUUUGGGAGACGUCAAAGGGUCCUGUCAGGCGGAUCAAGAGACGUGCUGGGUGGACGUGGACUUCCCGGACGGAGCGGACCAAUGUGUCAAGCUGAACGGGACUAUAAGGGACAACGCCGGACGACAGAUCGAGUUCCGACAGACGGCGCCGGUCUGUCUGCUCCAGCCUGAUGGUUUAGAGACGACGACGCUGAUUCUCCUCCUGGUGCUUCUCAUCAUCCUCCUCACUGUGAUCGCCGUCGUCAUCUGGCGGGUGAAGGCGUGGACCAUGACGGGCGGCAAAGAAGAUAUUCCAAACAGUCUGCAACCGGGCCACGUCAAGUCCAAAGGCGAGUGCAACAUGGACUUCGAGCGUGUGAUCGACAUCGUCACGGACGUAGAAAGAGUCAGCUUGAUCUCCCGGAGUGACGACGGCUCCUCGGAUAAUUCAACCACAACGAAUAUUUCCAUCCCUCCGGAGGAGACGAAGCCGGAACCGGCUGAGCUGGAGCCGGAGCCGGAGCCGGAGCCGGACGAGGACGAGGACGAGGACGAGGACGAGGACGAGGACGAGACAUGGGACUCUCCUUACAACCAGCCACACGUGGUUGUGGACCUAGGUGACGGAGACACUGCCUUGGGUUACGUGGAGUCGUAGCAGGCAGAGGUCCGUGAUGUGGACAGUUGAGAGGGACUCAAAAUGGCGUCUGUCAGUUGGACGCCUGUGUUCAUCGAAGUCUUAAGACCGGGUGCAGCCCAGGCGCUAGUAGAUCAUGUUUUGGCACAAUUUUCAGCAUUCCAAUAAUCGCACGCCAGCUUUUUUGCUAAUUUUACAGGGUUUACACCUCAGUGUUAAACAUUUGGUUGCAUGACUAAUGAUGCCUGUUAGCAUGCUAAUGUUAGCAUGUUUGCUUUUUUUUUUAGGUCUAUAGCGAAGUCUUAUUUUGGUACUUUGAUGUACGCUAACAUUAGCAGGCUAGCAUGUUAAACAUUCACUCAGGUACACACCCCAGAGUAAUAUAUUUUGGUACUUGACGCUAGUUACAGUUAGAAUUUUAGCAUGCUAAAUUUUUUUGGCUAAUAUACAGUAACUGGUCUACACCUGUGUCAAACAUUUUGUUGCUUGACGAAUAAUGCCUGUUAGCAUGCUAAUGCUAGUAUAAUUGCUUUUUUUAGCUAAUUUUCUAGGUCUACAGCUAUGUCUUAUUUUGGUACUUUGGCUAGCAUUUUAAACAUUUAUUUAGGUACCGGACGCUAGUAACAGUUCGAAUUUUAGCAUGCUAGAGUUUUUGUUAGCUAAUAUAACAGGUGUUCAUCUCAGCGUCAAACAUUUUGUUGCUUGACGAAUGAUGCCUGUUAGCAUGCUAAUGCUAAUAUCUUUCCUUUUUUAGUACAUUUUCUAGGUCUACAGCUAAGUCUUAUUUUGGUACUUGGUACAUGCUAACAUUAGCAGGCUAGCAUUUUAAACACAUCCAGUCAGGUACACACCCCAGAGUGAUAUUUUGGUACUUGAGGCUAGUGAGUUAGAAUUUUAGCAUGCUAGAUUUAUUUUGGCUAAUAUAACAAGUAUAAAGGUUAUGAACAGAAUCGGUGGACAGAAUUUCUAGGCGCAGUCAAGGCAUUGAGGGUAUCUGGUUUGGUGGCUGCAGGAUUAGGUCUCUGCUAUUUGCAGAUGAUGUGGUCCUGAUGGCUUCCUCCGGCCAAGAUCUUCAGCUCUCACUGGAUCGGUUCGCAGCCGAGUGUGAAGCGACUGGGAUGGGAAUCAGCACCUCCAAGUCCGAGUCCAUGGUUCUCUCCCGGAAAAGGGUGGAGUGCCAUCUCCGGGUUGGGGAGGAGAGCUUGCCCCAAGUGGAGGAGUUCAAGUACCUCGG